AGCUUUCUAGCGGAGCCAGCAGCCGGGGAGCCCCGGGCCGAGAGGGCGGGGGAGGAGGAGGAAGAGGAGGAGGAGGGAGCGGGAGAGAGAGAGAGCAGCGUCUCUGCAGGGCUCCAGGGCAACCCCAGCCCACAGCCUCCCAGCCAGGCAGCCCUCCAGCCCAGCCCUCCAUGGCCGCAGCCAAGGCCGAGAUGCCUCUCCUGCCCUCGCUGCAGAUGGCCGACCCCUUCUCCGCCGCCUCCGUCUCCUCGUCCUCCUCCUUCCCGCACUCGCCCCCCGCCAUGGACGCCAACUACCCCAAGCUGGAGGAGAUCAUGCUCCUGGCCGGAGGAGGCGGAGGGGGAACCCACUUCCUCAGCGGAGGAGGGGGAGGCGGAGGAGGGGGACCCGACAACGGAGGGGGCUUCAGCGGAGAAGGCGGGGAGCAGUCCUUCGAGCACCUCGCCGCAGACCCCUUUCCGGAGAUCUCCCUGGGCGGCGAGAAGGCCUUGGCGGAGACGGGCUUCCCGAGCCAAAGCACCCGCCUGCCGCCCAUCAGCUACACGGGGCGCUUCUCCCUGGAGCCGGCCUCGGGCAGCGGAGGAGGAGGGGGCGGCCUUCACCCGCUCUGGCCGGAGCCCCUCUUCAGCCUGGUCAGCGGCCUGGUGGGCAUGGCCAACCCCCCGCCCCUCCAGCCGCCCUCCUCCUCGGCCCCGGCCAUCUCCUCCUCCUCCUCGCCCUCCUCGUCGUCGUCGUCUUCCUCCUCGUCUCCCAGCCCGGCCCUCAGCUGCUCCGUCCAGGCCAGCGAGGCCAGCCCCAUCUACUCGGCGGCGCCCACCUUCCCCAACCCGGGAGGCGGAGGCGGCGGGGAGCUCUUCCCGGAUCCUUCGGGGCAGCCCUUUCCCAGCCCCUCGGGGCCCUCGGCACUGCAGUUCCCCCCGCCGGCCUACCCGACGGGCAAAGGCAGCUUCCAGCUGCCCAUCAUCCCGGACUACCUCUUCCCUCCGCCCAUCACCCAGCAGCACCAGCAGCAGCACCAGGCGGCAGGGGACCUGGGCCUGGGCCUGCCCUCGGCGGCGGGGGCGGCGGCGGAGCAGAAGCCCUUUCCCAGCCCGCAGCAGCCCUCCCUCACGCCGCUCUCCACCAUCAAGGCCUUCGCCAGCCAGAGCAGCGGAGCAGGCGGCGGCCUCGGGGCUUCCCCGGCGGCGUCGGCGGCGUCGGAGUCCGGCGGCAAGGGCCUGCCCUCGGGGGGCGCCUACCCGGCCCAGCUGGUGAAGCCCAGCCGCAUGAGGAAGUACCCCAACCGGCCCAGCAAGACCCCUCCGCACGAGCGGCCCUACGCCUGCCCCGUGGAGUCCUGCGACCGGCGCUUCUCCCGCUCGGACGAGCUCACCCGCCACAUCCGCAUCCACACCGGGCAGAAGCCCUUCCAGUGCCGCAUCUGCAUGCGCAACUUCAGCCGGAGCGACCACCUCACCACCCACAUCCGCACCCACACCGGCGAGAAGCCCUUCGCCUGCGACGUCUGCGGCAGGAAGUUCGCCCGCUCCGACGAGAGGAAAAGGCACACCAAGAUCCACCUCCGGCAGAAGGACAAGAAGGCCGCCGACAAGGCAGCAGCCGCAGCUUCCCCGACGGCAGCCCCGGCCCAGACCCCCUACCCGGCCCCAAACGCCUUCCCCUCCCCGGCCCCCUACUCCUCUUCCCCUGUGACGUCCUACUCUUCCUCCCCCGUGACAUCAUACUCCUCAUCACCUGUGACGUCCUACUCUUCCUCCCCUGUGACAUCAUACUCUUCCCCUGUGGCGUCAUACUCUUCCUCCCCCGUGACGUCCUACUCCUCCCCCGUGACGUCGCCCUUCCCCUCCUUCCCCUCGCCCUCGGUGGCCCCCAGUUACGCUUCUCCCUUCCAGAGCCAGGCGGCGGCCACCCCCUUCUCUUCCUCCUCCUCCGCGAUCCUCUCCAACCCCUUCGGCUCCCAAGUGACUUCGGCCCUGUCCGACAUGGCCUCCACUUUCUCCCCUCGGACCAUUGAGAUCUGCUGAAGGGGGGGGGGUCCAGCGGGGAGAGGCAAGCUGCAGGAUUUGAACUCUAUCCCCUAGGUCUGACGGGAAGGAGGAAGAGGAGUUUUGGCCCCAUCGGGACCUGGUCCCAAGGACUUCAGUUUGGGGGCUCUAUGGGGAGGGAGGCGGAGAGCUUUCCUCCUCCUCUGCGAAACUGUCGAGUUCCACGGCCUGAGAACCACGAAGCCAGAGAGAGACUCCGCUUCUGCCUAAGGACUUUCCACUUGCAUGGACCUUUUCAGCGACAACUCCCUUGCCCGCCUUUCUGCCCCUUCCCUCCAUAAAGCAAGGGACUUUGGACUAGAGGCACAGACGGGGCGAUCUUGCAGCUGUGCCGCCGCUUGGGUUCUUCUUGACGUUAAAACAACGAGGACGACCACAAAAGGACCUCUGGGCCUCUUCUUCCCUUUGCAUUAUUUGGAGGAGGAUGAGGGUGAAGGACCACUUUCCUCUCCUUCUCUUCCACUCUUUCUCCUCUCUCUCUCUUUUUGUAAAUUGUACUUUUUUGCUCUCCUUUAGUGAUGACGACGCUGUCCUGAGUUUGACAACUUGUUUCUGGGGCGGGGGGGGGGGGGGGGGGGGGGGAGGACAAGUCUGAAAAACAAAACACAAACAAGCAGCACUUAUGUAUUUGAGCAUGGCAACCUACGAGUGUGAUGUUCUUCGCUCCAAAUCUCUCACCUCGGAGGAGGCAACGCGCCCUCUCUCCUGCCUCAUUCUCGCGUGGCAAACGUUUUUUCGUUGGGUUGGCUUUGGGGUGGGUUUGGGGUUUUUUUCUCCCUUUUUUUCUUUUCCAUCUCAGGCUGCAUCCACAUUGGAGAAAUAACCCAGUUUGGUACCGCUUUAACUCUGCCUGGCUCAAGACUAUGGAGUUCUGGGAG